AUGAGUGGCAGCUCCCUGGAUACGAUCUAUGUUUCGACUGGAAAGCAAAUUUUUAAUUUUACUUCCGAUCUGUUGAGUAAGGUAACAAUUGUUGCUGGAACUUUUGUUGAUUCUUGGAAUGGAGAUGGAAAUGCAUUGGUAACAAAUUUGAAAAAUCCAAGAGGUUUAUUUGUAGUUGAGAGAAAUGGUGGAGAAUUGUAUUUUGUUGAAGAAGAAAAUCAUAUUAUUCGAAAGCUUUCGUUUGUUACGAAUAAUAUUACGACAAUUGCUGGAAAUGGAACUGCUGGUUAUUCGGAUGGUGUGGCAACAUUAUCCAUGUUGAAUUAUCCACAUUCUGUCCAUGUUUCGAAUACUACAGGUGAAAUUUAUAUUGCUGACACGUUCAAUUGCAAAUUGAGAAGAGUUUUUAAUGGACAAAUGGAAACAAUUGCAGGAUACAAUGGAUGUGGGUUUGAUGUAGAUGGAAAACGUGCUACUGAAACUAAACUAAACUAUCCACAGGCCAUUAGAGUUUCGAAUAAUGAAGUUUACUUUGCAGAUUCUGCAAAUAAUCGUAUUAGAAAGAUAACAACAGAUGGUUCUAUCACAACAAUUGCAGGAAAUGGAAUGCAACACUUUGAUACUGAAUUUUUUCUUUACAAUCCAACAAGUAUUGAAGUUUCGUCUGAUGGAAAUGUUUACUUUUUAGAAAAAAAUAAUCAAAAAAUUAGAGUGAUUGAACAAAACUAUGUGCACAACUUUGCUGGUUUCUCCCCAAAUACUGAAAGAAUUCAAUCUUUAGGACAAGGUUUCGUCUACAUGGCCGAAACUCAACUAUUGACAGCAUGUAGAGGAAUUGCUGUAGAUUUGGAGGGAAAUAUUUAUAUGAGUGAAAGUUAUGCAAAUCGAGUAUUGAAAUUGGACAUUUCUACCAAAACUUUGAAAAUAGUGGUUGGGGCAGAUUCCGGAUUAGCGGGGUUUUUAUCGGACAUUGAUGGAAUGGCAGGAACCAAGACUUUACUGAAUUUUCCUCAAUCAUUGGUAAUGGAUAGUAGUUAUCAAUCAUUGUAUAUAUCAGAUUCGAAUAAUCAUAGAGUAAUUCGUUAUAAUAUUAGCUCAGAUACUGUUUAUAGAGUAGCUGGAAAUGGAACUGCUGGAUAUAAUGGAGAAGGUUUGGCCAUAAAUUGUCAGCUUAACAAUCCAAAUGGUUUAUUCUACAAUAAUGGUAUUCUCUAUAUUUCAGAUACUGGAAAUAGAAGAAUUAGAAUAGUUUCGAAUGGAAUAGUUUCGAAUAUUGAUUAUCUUUUUAAGGCACCAACCUCAAUCUAUGUAGAAACUAUUCAAUCACAAACAAGUAUAUUUGUUACAGAUGGUAAUUCUGUUGCAAUCAUAAUAGAAAAUAUUUUCCAAUAUCUUACAACUUUUCCAUACAAGGUAACAAAUAUGGGACGCUAUAAGGGAAUGUCGUUUUACACCAAUUCAGAAGAUGGAUACCUUACUAAUGCCGGCAACACGCAGAUUGGAACCGUACCAGGUUUUGAUGAUAACAAAUUAAGAUAUCCAACUGCGUUUACAGUUGACCAAAAUGGAACACUUAUUAUUUGCGAUUCUGGAAAUCAAUUAAUAAGAAAGUAUAACGACACAACAUCUAAACUAAGUACAAUAGCUGGUUAUGGAGCUGUUUACAGAGAAUACAAUGGUGAAGAUCCACAAUUUGUUGACCUUUCGGCCAAUUUAGCCAUGUCAGGAAAUAAUUUAAUUUUAUAUAGUCAAAGUGAAAAUCUAGUACUCCAAUACAAUCUACAAAGCAAGGGAGUUAAAAAUCUGAUUGGUCCUUGUUUGGGAGGUUAUUACAACUCAGAGUUUGACAAUAGGAAAACAAAACUUUCUGGAAUUUCAGGAAUUACUAAAUGUCGUUGUAUUGUACGAGCAUUCACUGAUACGAUAACGUUUGAUUUGUUUGGAUCUGGAAGUUCUGUUGUCAACAAUCGAUUAACAGACAUUCCACGUCCAAAAUUAAUUGUACCAUAUAAGGAAGGUGGUUAUUUAUUCUUUUCAGAUAAUAUCUUGAUAAGAUUGGCCUCAAAUAAUACCAUUUCAAAAGUAGCUGGUGGAGGCACUCGUUCCUCAGACGGAUCCCUAGCAACUGAUUUUAUCAUUUCAAGUGCUGUUUCAUUAAGCUACGAUAGUUUAUCCGAUUCAAUCUAUUAUGUAGAUACGGUUGGUAUAAGGAAAAUUGAUAGCAAUGGAAUUGUAACGACUGUUUAUAUCCCUCAACAGGCUGUUAGUACACUUUAUGUUUCGAAUAUUAAUGGAAUAGUUUAUUUUGCUGAGAAUGGAAGAUUGAAGAAACUAAACAAGGAAGGAAAGGUUGAUAUUAUUAUGGUUUUUUAUAGUAAUCCUAAUUCGAUUGUUGUUAGUGAAUCUACUGGUGAAAUAUUUUUUGCAAAUGCUAGAACUGUUUACAAAAUUUCAGUCAACUGUCCAACUGGAUAUUUCAUUUCAAAUUUUGAGAAUUGCCUUCCAAUUUGUUAUGGUAAGAAUUCAAGUGAUGCAUGUAAUGGCAUAGAAAGAGGACAAUGUGUUUCUCCUAAUCAAUGUAACUGUACUUUAAACUAUUCUGGAAACGAAUGUUCUCAAUUACGAAUCUCACCAGAAAGUUCAAAGCAACAAGAAACUCAAGUAGUUCUGAUAGCAACUCUAGUUCCCAUCCUUUCAGUCUUUCUAUUAAUUGUCAUUAUUGUAAUUUUGAUUAUCAUUCUAAUUUUCUAUUUUAGGAAAAAAAAGAAAUCAAAUGAAAACCUCAACUUGGAAAUGAUAGAAUCCAAGAAUGAUAUAACAGCAACCGAUUUUCCCGAAUCUGAAGCUUCCAUAUUCUUCCGACCAACCAUGGAAUUCCAAUCAGUUUCGUCUUCCACAAAUGGAACUAGCUCAAGUUCUUCUUCUUUUGAUCCAUUGAGUCGUUUCAAGGACAUGGUAAAGAUUGGAAGUGGAGGUUUCGGAUCUGUCUUUAGAGCUUUCGAUGUCAAAACCAAUUCUUUCAAAGCUCUAAAAGCUAUCAAAUUCCAAUCCUAUUCUGAACUAAACCAAUUCAUGAAAGAAGGUUUACAAUUAUUGAACAUGGCACAUCCAAAUAUUAUUAAGGUGAAUGACAUGUUCGUUGAUAAGAAUGAAUUAUUGGUUAUUGAGAUGGAAUAUUAUGACAAGGGAGAUUUGACAAGUUUACUUAAAGUUCAAAUAUCCGAAACCUUGUUGAAAAGUGUAUUGUUCCAAAUGUUGAAUGCUUUAGAAUAUAUUCAUGAAGAGAAGAAACUGAUUCACAGAGAUGUUAAGGAAUCGAAUAUUUUUAUUAAGGAAUUGACUCAAGAUUACAUUCAGGUAGUUUUGGCAGAUUUCGGAUUGGCGAGGGAUAAUUCACUUUCUGCAAAUAACAGUUAUUGUGGAACUCCAAUGUUUUUGAGUCCAGAACUAGGUUUGGGAGCAAGUUAUGGUUUUAACACAGAUGUUUACAGUUUGGGUGUAACUAUUUAUCAAUUAAUGACACAUGACACUACAACUGCCAUCAGUCAUCUCCAUUUUUCUAAAGACAGUUCUCAAGUUAAACAAAUCCUUACAGAAAAUAUGCAAAAACCAAAUAUUUACUCAACUGAGCUUAUUGAACUCGUUAUUGAAAUGGUUGGUAAAGAUAGCGCAACAAGACCACAAGCUAGACAAUUACUCAAAUAUCCAUAUUUUAAAUAA